GAAUCAGUUGCUGUCAAAUUGCCUACUAGAUCUGAUUAUUUCUUAGAAAUUGAUCCAUUAACUUAUGAAAUAUUACCUAAGGAAUGUAAAUAUGAAGUAUUAUCCACUAAAAUUGAAGUUAAGCCAAAGCUGGAAUUAAGUUGGGUUCUUGAGGGAGUGCUGGAUCUUUUUCAACAUCUGAUGAUAACUUAUCCUUCAUUGGCACAUAACGCGAAAAAUUGGGACAAGAUGGAGAAAGAAAUUAAUAAAGACCAAGAAAAACUGGAAGGUGAAGUUGCAUUGAAUUCAUUGUUUCAACAACUUUAUAGGGAUGCAGAUGAUGAUACCAAGCGAGCAAUGCUAAAAAGUUAUACAAAGAAUAGUGAUACUUGUCUUAGUACAAAUUGGUCUUAA